UGGGGGCAAACGUUCAUUACAGCACAAUGAGACCACAAGAGCUCCGUGCAUACAGGCAGCAUGAGAGAGAAAAGAUGGAGAAGAAGCUACAUGAAUAUGUUCUGAUGUGCAGACGAUUAAAGGUUAAUUGUGACAAAGUAACUGUUGAAAAGGAUGAUAUUGCCGAAGGGAUCAUGGAACUUAUUGCUUUACAUGGGAUCACAAAGCUUAUCAUGGGAGCUGCAGCAGAUAAAAACUACUCGAAGACAAUGAAAGCACCAAAGUCCAAGACAGCACUAAAGAUAAUGGAAGGAGCAGCUCCAUCAUGCAAGAUAUGGUUUACUUGUAAAGGAUCCCUAAUUGUUACCAGGGAGGCCAAUGCGGAAGUUUCUGCAGUGUCACCAUCACCAGCAGCCACCAACACAGCACUGCUACAAGCAUUCAGCAUUUCUAGCCAAAUGAGAUCAAUGAUGAUCCACAAAUUGGAGAAUGAAGCAUCAAGCUCAAAUGUAAGUACUAUGAGCGAUAUGGGAAGAUCAAGAACAGAUGUAUUGUGCUCCCCAUCCCAAAGAACUGGUGGUACACUGCUUCAACCGUUUGAACUUGUAGAAACUGAUCUCGUCGGCAAGACAAGGAGACCAAGGAGCUCGGAGGACUUUUCAGUUGACUCUAGCAGGUUGCAUAACUCUGGUUGCAGUUAUUCACCAGACGAUGAAGCCAGUAUCUCUGGAACAGCAAUCGUUGAUAAUGAUGAUAUAAGUGAAGUUGGAUCAGACACGCAUCUUUCAACUCACGACUCGUAUGACCACAUUUCAUCAGCAUCUCAUGACCUGGAUAAACUGAAGGACACCCUCAUUGAAAUAGAGUUUCUGAAAAAAGAAGUGCAUGAAGAAUUUAGCAAACGGCGAAAUGCUGAAAGAGAACUGCAUUCAGCUCGUCAAAAGAUUAAAGAACUGGAGAACUCUUAUAUGCAUGAGUUAAGGCAGCAGAAGGCACUUGAGGAGACGCAUGCAAGACAGAUGCAGGAGAUUGAAGGAAUGAGAAGACAGCACGACGAAACAUAUGCUGCGCUAUACAAUGCAAAUGAGCAGAAGCUCACGCUAGAACAACGAAUAAGUGAGAGCGAGUCAUAUGUUAAAGAUAAUGAAGACAAGUUAGCAACAAACAAACACCUACUCGAAGUGCUCCAAGCAGACUAUGACAGAAUACUACAUGAGAGAGAUGCUGCAAUAAGGGAAGCCGCAGAAUUGAGGGAAAAGAAUCAGCAGGGAGUUUUGGCACCAUCUGAAGCACAAAACACCAAGUUCUCUCUUAUUGAGCUGCAGCAAGCAACACAAGGCUUCGAUCCAACACUUAAGAUUGGUGAAGGUGGUUUCGGGAGUGUCUAUAAAGGUUUUCUCCGCAACACAACAGUAGCUAUAAAGCUGCUGCAUCCUCAAAGCAUGCAGGGGCAGUCAGAAUUUCAUCAAGAGGCUUCUGUUCUCAGCACAGUAAGGCACCCAAACCUUGUCACACUGAUUGGUACAUGCCCAGAAGCUUUUGGCCUAGUAUAUGAGUUCUUUCAAAAUGGAAGCCUCGAAGAUCGCCUAGCAUGCAAGAACAAUACGCAACCACUCACAUGGCAGACCCGCACCCGAAUUAUUGGGGAGAUGUGUUCGGCUCUGAUUUUCCUUCAUUCAAACAAGCCUCACCCUGUGGUUCACGGUGAUCUAAAGCCUGACAACAUUCUUCUUGAUGCCAAUUAUUCCAGCAAAUUAGGAGACUUUGGAAUUUGUAGACUUUUGAUACAGACAAACAGCUGCAGCACAACCCUUUACCGAACAACAAACCCAAGAGGAACCUUCUCUUAUAUGGAUCCUGAAUUCCUGACGACAGGGGAACUCACUCCACGAUCUGAUGUAUACUCCUUUGGCAUCAUUAUCCUGCGUCUUCUAACAGGAAAACAACCUCAAAGGAUUGCUGAAAUAGUGGAAGAUGCCAUUGAGAAAGGAAAUAUGCAUUCCAUCAUUGAUACCACUGCAGGAAGCUGGCCUUUUGUACAAGCUAACCAGCUUGCACAUGUUGGCUUGAGAUGUGCUGAGUUAAGUAGGAGGCGUAGGCCGGAUCUAACAGUGGAUGUGUGGAAAGUGGUUGAGCCCCUAAUGAAGGCAGCUUCAAUGACAGCACGGCCACUGUCAUGCACAACUCCAUCAGAUGACACUUGCAUUCCAUCGUACUUCAUCUGUCCAAUCUUGCAGGAGAUCAUGAACGACCCUUACAUUGCCUCAGAUGGAUUCACAUAUGAAGGUGAAGCUAUUAGAGGCUGGCUUGACAGUGGGCAUAGCACAUCGCCUAUGACAAACCUCAAGCUCGAACACAACCAGCUCGUGCCAAAUCGGGCGCUCCGUUCAGCAAUCCUUGAGUGGCAGCAGCAAGAGCAGCACUGA